GGGCUGUAGGACCCUGUCCUGGGCCUGGCGGCGGCUGGAACAAACAAACAUGAACGAACAUCGCAAGGCCGGACGAUGGGGACUAGGAGGUCCCGGGUCUCCUAGCGGGCUUCGCUCCUUCGAGCUGCAGGAAACUGAGAACCCCCUCCUCCCCAGCAAUCUAAAAAUCGGCCCGGUAGAGCUGCGGAGGUCUCGGACCCCAAAGUAGAAAGUCGUCCCGUGACGUUUGAAAUACGAUAAGACUUUGAGUGUCCAGGGUGAUAAGGAUUUAAGACCCUCACGCUUCCAACAACGCUUUUUUAGAAGCCUGUUUGGAGGUUAUGGCUGAAAAGUUGGACCCCGAUGCCCUGGCUGAUGGUUCAGAGCCACUUUUUUCCUUUGGAAUUAUAGCAGAUAUUCAAUAUGCUGAUUUAGAAGAUGGAUUCAAUUAUCAAAGAAGCAGGCGGAGGUACUACCGACACAGUCUUGUUCACUUACAGGGUGCCAUUGAAGACUGGAAUAAAGAGAACAGCCUGCCCUGCUGUGUCCUACAGCUCGGAGACAUCAUCGAUGGCUACAAUGCACAGUAUAAAGUAUCAGAAAAGUCUCUAGAACUUGUCAUGAACACAUUCCAAAUGCUUAAAGUUCCCGUUCACCACACAUGGGGAAACCAUGAGUUUUAUAACUUCAGUAGAGACUUCUUAGUGAACUCUAAACUUAACAGCAAGUUUCUAGAAGACCGAAUUGUACAACAUCCUGAGACCAUACCAUCAGAGAACUAUUAUGCUUAUCACUUUGUACCCUUUCCUAAAUUCCGGUUUGUUUUACUUGAUGCUUAUGACCUGAGUGUCUUGGGCAUAGAUCAAUCUUCUCCAAAAUAUGAGCAGUGUAUGAAGAUGCUGAGGGAGCACAACCCAAAUGUGGAGUUAAAUAGUCCCCAAGGACUUUCUGAGCCCCAGUAUGUCCAGUUUAAUGGAGGAUUCAGCCAAGAACAGCUGAACUGGUUGAAUGAAGUUCUUACAUUCUCUGACCAGAACCAGGAAAAGGUGGUGAUUGUAAGCCAUCUUCCCAUUUACCCAGAGGCCUCUGACAGUGUGUGCCUGGCUUGGAACUACAUGGAUGCGCUGUCAAUCAUAUGGUCUCACAAGUGUGUGGUGUGUUUCCUUGCUGGUCACACACAUGACGGCGGCUACUCUGAGGAUCCUUAUGGUGUGCACCAUGUCAACCUUGAAGGAGUUAUUGAAACAGCUCCUGAUAGCCAGGCCUUCGGCACAGUUCAUGUCUACCCUGACAAAAUGCUACUGAAAGGGAGAGGCAGAGUUCCAGACAGAAUUAUGAAGUACAGUAGGGAAGAAGCUUUGUGAUUUUAGUCCCAUUUCUUGUCUGUCUUUGUAGAAUGAGAAUGGCAUUAUUUUGUGUUUUACUCCAUUGCAUACAAAGUUAAAUUCUCACUGGGUAUGGUGGCACACACCUUUAAUCCCAGCAUUUAAGAAGCAGAGGCAGGCAAAUCUCUCAGUUCGAGGCCAGCCUGGUGUACAGAGUGAGUUCCAGGAUAGUUCUCAGUCUCAUUGUUGAGUAUUCUGUGUAUAAAGUACAUUUGUGGCUUCAGUAUGUGUGAGUGACUGUAGUAUAAUAUAGUAUUGUUGGAUAAUAUAUUUAAGUGCUGACGGCUAGAAGUAAAACAAACCAGGAAGGGAACUUGUGGGUGUGUAGUCUGAUAAGGGACUGUGUUUAGCCUAAUUUGAAUUUCCUAUUUUUUGUACAAGGAGAAUGUGUUCUUGUUUUAACUUUAGAACUUAGUUAAUUCUAGAACUUGUAUUAACUCUAGAACCCAGGGAAGUCUGCUGUGCUUCCCUGCUGUGUGAGUGGGCUUUGAACCAUUGUGAUUCAGAACACCAGGACCAUGUGCUGAGUGCUGGCUAGCCUGCUCUGUUUGAAAUACCCAGUACUGGGGACCACAGUGUAGAAAUCAUUCUUGACUUCUUCUCUAGACAAAUGGAGCCCACUCCACUAUUGCUUGUGUCAAGGCUUAGCUGCAGAAAGUUUUGACAGCUAACAGACCAUUGCAGAGUAGAGUUUGAUUCAGGGCUGAAAAACAGAAAUACUAGUUAACAUAAGUGCCUGUGAAGCGUCUACCAGAAACAGGUACAUGAUUUUCUCUGACUGCCCCAGUGAAUGCUUGCAAAUGUGGCGGCCACCUCUCCGGGUCAGUCUAAAGAUCAGGACUCUGACAUCAUUUCACCAGCCCUUUGAAAACAAAGGGCUGCUUUGGCCACAUUCCAGUGGGAAGCUCUGGGCAGAUACUCUCUUCCUUGCCACUUUAGCUGCUCAAGAUGCUCUGAGUAGUCUAAGCAUCUGCCCGUGUCAAGGUUCGUGAUCCCAUGUGGGAAGUUCAUUUCACGGUGUAAGGCAACAGGGAUCAUGACUCUACCCAGCAGCCACAGUAUGACUGUCUCGUGUUCUGUGUACACUGAUGUCACCAGGAUGGAAAAAGACAAACACAAAUACAAAUGUGAGGAAUUGCCCACCCCAUAUAAAAGGACAAAGAAUUGGAAGAGAAACUUGAAUUUCAUUUAAAGAGAUUAGGGAUGACGGGGAGAGAAGGAAGGAAAAUGGUUUAGAUUGGGGAAGGUCAGUGAGGGGUGGGGUUAAAGCAUAGGAGGAACUCUUGGUUUCUGAGCUGUGAAUGCGUGUCUAGAGAGCAAACUGAUGGGCAGGCAUAGGAAAAAGGAGAAGAUUGUGGGGUCCUAGGGAGACGUCCUGAGAAGUGGAAUGUUAAACCUGCUAUGAUUCUUAAAUCAAUAGAAAAGGUCGGAGUGUAGUCUUCACCCCUCCAAAGCCGAGCAUGUGCCAGUAACUGCCAUCUCAGUAUCAUGGCUGCCCUUUUGCUUCUGGUGAAGGCCAAGAAGUUCAUCCUGUACCAUUCAGACUGAUUGGCCAAAACUAAGUAUAACUAGCAAAAUCCAGAAAUAGCAAGGUGCAGAGAAGAUUCCAGGCCAAAGCCUGAUGCCCAGUAUUGGUUUAGGGGAGGACAAAGCAACCACUGCCCAGUGGCUUUUGGAAUUCCUGAUAAACAGCAAGUCUCACUGUGCUGAGAUCAUUCAGUCCUUCCUCCAAGAACCACAAGACCCUUGUAGAGAGAGCAGAGAAUCUGGCCAGCAAAGUAUCCAAGCCCAAAAGCAGGCUGCACAGCAAAGAAAAUGAAAUGACAAUUCACACGCACGUCUUAUUUAUGCUGAGAUAAAACAGUAGACAGUGAAAGAAGAGGAAGUUUAGCCUGGCAUGUUGGCUAGCUUGACCUACAUAGACCCCUGCCUAGAAAAACAGUAAAUAAAAACAUUCCAUUGGUUAGGACCAAAGCCAAGUACAGACCAAAAGUUAGUGUCUUCCAUGCUUCUCUGAGGGUGCAAAAGGUACUAUGAAUAUUUACAGCCAUAUUGGUUUGACAUGGGGAAUUAAAAUACUCAAUAUAUAUUUUAAUUUUGAACAUAUGAAUCAUUUACACAAAGGUCAAGCACGAUUUGGAGGGUUGAUAGAGCCUAUAUUGAAUUUCCAAAUGGACUGGGUUCAUUCUAACUAAUUCUAAAGAAAUUACACAAGCUGUAAUGAGCAUGUGGGCUGAAGGAACACUGGGAAAUUCAAACCCUUGACAUGUAUUUUAUUGACUCAAACUGCACUGUAAUUGCUUUAAUAUCAAUUUACUUUUUCCUUGAUAAUCUGACUUCAGUGGCCAGUUUUCAAAAAUAAAUAUCCUUUAGUAUUUACAGAGUACCAUUGCAUUAUAGGGUAUAAAAUAUUAUCAGAAUCAUUCCUUUUUCAUGAUAGGUACUAAUUCUAUUUAAAAGAAGCUGUGGUAAUAUCUUUCUCAAGAAGCACUUCUUAAAUCUCCUGAAAUGACAUCUUUUCUAUUGCUGAGACAAAACACCAUGACCAAGGCAACUCAUCUAAGAAAGCAUUUAAUUUGGGACAUAGGGUUCUGGAGCAGUGAUUCUCAGUCUUCCUAAUGCUGUAACCCUUUAAUACAUUUUCUCAUGUUGUGGUGACCCCCAAGCAUAAAAUUAUUUUCAUUGCUAUUUCAUUAACUGUAUUUUUGCUACUGUUGUGAAUUGCAAUAUAAAUAUCUAAUAUGAAGAUGGUUUUAAGUGACCCACGGAUUGAGAACUGACCCAGAUGGUUAGGGUCCAUGAUGGCAGCACAAAGGCACAGUGGCAUGAACAGCAGAGAGCUUAUAUCUUGUUCCAAAGGGAGGAAGAGACACUGGGAAUGCCCUCAAUUCUCAACCUCAGUGACUACUCCCCCAGGAAGGCCACACAUUCUAGCCUACCCAAGCAGGCUGUCACCUAGGAUCAAGUAUUCGGGCAUAUAGAGGCCAUUCUCAUCCAAACCACUCAUGUGGUUACAGAGUUUAAUUCCAGCUUAGAUAAACUUCCCAUCCAGACAUCUAACACACCAUGUGAGCUAAUUAAAUAAUCUAACACACUGAAGCAGUCAUGCAUUAAUAAGUACAUACAUUUUAUUUAGCCUAAUUUAUCUCGAAAUACUUUUCAGCAUACAGUCAGUAUAAAAUGCAUCCUGUGCUUAGGUCUAAACUCUGUUGUGUUUUGCACUGAACAUAUCCUUCACCUGACUUAACGCUUGCAGAUACUUCAUCUGUAGAUAACACGCAUGAGUGCUCAUGGGCACACACAUAAAACAUGUCAUUCCAAACACACUUAACCUUUUUUCUGGCAAUUGAGUAUCUGCUUCUAAAAAUGCAAAAGUUAAGAAUUUACUUCUUUGGACACCCUACCCACAAGUUAAGUGCUCAAUAACAACACGUGGCUGUUCUGUUGGGUUGUGUCACCCUACAGUGCUCUCAGCAUGGUCACAGUGAUAUUCAUUAAAAGAACAUAAUGGAUUUCUACAUUUCCACUGAGAAUAAGAAAUUAUGAUCAAUAUUUCCUAUUCUUUUUUUCUGUACUCCAAAUUCAUCUUUUCUAUAUUUAAUUUCUACUGUUAUUCUACUUUCAUUGCAAAACAAGCCUACCAUUUGGCUCACCUGUUCCAGAGUUUUCCUGUGUCACUGAGCCAGGUAACUAUACUGUGGUUAGUUUGGAAUUGCAGUCUUUUCUUGAAUUUACCUCUGUGUCUGCAUAUUACCCAACCUUUGUCCCCCCCUCCCCAACAGUCCUUUGGAUUCCACACACACUUUAUCUUCUCAGCCCUCACAUCACUUUGGUUGUGGUAACUAAGGGGUUCUGACAUCCUGGUUUUGCCCCCUCAUAUAGGGUGAAAGCUGAAUUCAAACUCUGAAUUCAAAUUUCUGCUCACUGCCUGUUCUACUGUUGUCAAAGAAGAGGCCUCUGGAGAAUCAGGCCUCACUAUAUUUUUUUUUAGUUUUUAUUUAUUCUUAUUUUAUAUACAUUGGUGUUUUGCCUAUAUGUAUGUUUGUGUGAGAGUAUCAGAUCUUAGAGUUAUAGAUCGUUGUUAGCUGCCAUGUGGGUGCUGGGAAUUGAGCCGGAGUCCUCUGAAAGAGCAGUCACCUCUCUUAACCACUGAGCCAUCUCUCCAGCCCCCAGGCCUUACUUCUUAUCUGUCCUGUUCAGUCUUCCAUCCUGUUGUAGGCAGCCUUGUUAAAUUCUGAAGACCUUGAAUCAUCUCUAGGAUUCACUCAGAUUUCUUGAAACCAGGGAAUUUCUCUGUUUCCCAGUUUAUUUGUGCUCUAAUGUGUAUGAAAUAUUGAAAAUACUAAUUUAAACAUUGACUUCACCUAAAUGACUGUCUUGCAGUGAGUUGGCCAGGAGGAACGCAUCUCCUUAUUCAUGUAUACAUAAGCCCAUGAAAUGAGUGGGCAAAGAGCGAUCACAACAGCAAUAGCCAAGUGCAUUCUUCCACCAACUGGAUUCCUGUAACAAUAAAAAUUAUUAUAAAGUCCAAGAAAACGAAUCACUUUGGAAAUAGACUUGAAGUUUGAAUUGGUAAAACAUUACAUCUUAGAAGUUUCCCUUUAUGAAACUAAUAUUCGCACAAAAUCUUUAUAUACUUAAUUUGAUAUAUGUUGCCAAUAAUUUGAUAUAUUUUACCACUCUGUUUUGAGGAAUACUGAUUAAUUGAUUAUACUAAAAUUGAUCUUUUUGUUCCCUUGUAAGAAAUCUUUCCCUCUGUGAGACUGUUUGUUUGAGACAGGGUCUUGCUGAGUAGCCCUUGCUGGUCUUAUGCUUGUUAUGUAGCUCAGGCUGGCCUUGAACUUGUAGCAAUCCUCCUGCCUCACCCCCUGAGUGUUGUUAUAAGAAGAUGUAGCACCCUGCUCAGCCUUCCCCAAGGUCUUGAAGGCACUAUUGCUUUCUCUGGAAAUUUUGUUGUUUGAAGUUCUUUUUUUCAUGGCAAUAAAAUCUUUAAAGAUUUUGCCAUCUGUCUUAUGAGUAAAAUUACUAUAAUUUUGUUUUAAAAAUGUUUUUGGUAAAUUUUAUUAUAGAGGUUGUUCUGCCCUCACCACGAGAGCUGGAAAGCAGUCCUUCCUCGCUGUUCCAGAGGCUUUUACUGAUGGUCAGCACUGUUCUUCCUUAGAUUUCAUCAGCUGUGGCAUCUAGGUCUACAAUUGUGUUUUAGGGAAAUUUAAAAAGUUUUGAAGUCCUUCUUAACAAAAAGACUGAAAAGUGAUGAACUAAACUUCCAAGAAGUUAGGAAGAUCCAGCUGAAUGAGGAGGGGUUCUUGGUCCCCUAACCUCAGGACAAACUGGGGAGUUGACUAUUGCUGGAGGAGAGAGAGUCAGCUUUCUUUAAGGGUGUGUCCAUGGUAGGCUGACCACGUUCCAGUGGAUGGCCACAGAUCUGGUGAUUCAGGUCGGUAAUCUCAACUACUCAGGAGCCUGAGACGGAGAAUUGAAAGUACAAGACCAGCCUGGUAGAGAGUGAGCUCAAGGCCAGACUGGGCAACUGAGACCUUGCCUCAAAAUAAAAAGUAAAGAAAUCUGGGGAUAUACCUCACCAGUUGAACAAAUGCCUUAGCAUGUACAAACCCUAUAUUCAGUCUCCAGCACCUGAACAAUAAAUGAAUAAAUUUUAUAAAUGAAGUUCAGAAUAGGAAUUCCCUAAAAUGCCUUCCAGCAUUGAUGAUACAAAGUCAACUGAAUGUUUUGAUGGACUUGUUGACUUAAUCUAGGAUUUUAAGUACAGUGUACAAAGUUGUUUGCAAUGCUAUCUGAGGACUUGAUUAGUUAGCUGUGCCGUGUGUUCUUGUUUACCCCUAAUGUUUCUUUUAUCUAUGCCUCUUCAGGAUCCUGCUCUUAAAUGUAUAUUUUUAUUUUAUGUCUUUCCAGGGAUUAUUAAUAUAAUUUUAGAGAAUCCAUAUUUGACUUGUGGGUUCUCUUAUUUUUGCAUAUCAAUUUUCAUUUAAUUGAUUUUUGCUUUAAUGUUUAUUUCCUUGUUUUUUGGGGGGGUUAGUUUGAUGUCCUCCUAAACUUGAAGCCUAGCUCAUUCAUCCCAGCCUCUUUACCCCUCAUAUCAAAUAUAUACUUGAGUCCA